UCCAGCCGGCCACGGUCCGGGGCCCUGGGGGGCGAUGGCUGCUGUCGCGGCGCUGGCCAAGAAGUUAUGGUGCAUCCGGAGAGUGUUGGUCCUGCUGGGCACUCCGCUGCUGCUCACGCCCCUUCUCUUCAGCCUCCCGCCCAAGGAAGGAAAGUGCCUCUUCGUUAUCCUGCUCAUGGCCCUGUACUGGUGCACGGAGGCCCUGCCCCUGUCGGUGACGGCUCUGCUCCCCAUCAUCCUGUUUCCUUUCAUGGGGAUCCUGCCUUCCAGCAAGGUCUGCCCGCAGUACUUCUUGGACACCAACUUCCUCUUCCUCAGCGGGCUGAUCAUGGCUUCUGCCAUUGAAGAGUGGAACCUGCACCGCCGAAUUGCUCUGAAAGUCCUGAUGCUGGUGGGCGUUCAGCCGGCCAGGCUCAUCCUCGGGAUGAUGAUGACCACUUCCUUCCUGUCCAUGUGGCUAAGCAACACCGCUUCCACCGCCAUGAUGCUGCCCAUCGCCAUCGCCAUCCUGAAGAGUCUGUUCGGAGAGAAGGAAGCCACCAGGGAGCUCUGCCGAGACAAUGAGGAAGUGGCAGCUGGUGUUCAGAGAAAUGGCCUGUACACCGUCCCCACUGAGUUGCGAUUUCUGGCCAGCGCAGAGGACAAAGAGCGGCCGGAAGAGGUGGAGGCUGCCCCUGAGGGCUCCGGUGAUGCCAAGAAGGAAGAGGAGGCCCGGAAAAACAUCUGGAAAAGCUUCCUCAUUUCCAUCCCCUACGCGGCCAGCAUCGGUGGCACUGCCACGCUCACGGGCACUGCUCCCAACCUCAUUCUGCUGGGUCAACUGAAGAGUUUCUUCCCCAAGUGCGACGUGGUGAACUUUGGGUCCUGGUUUGUCUUUGCGCUGCCUCUAAUGCUGCUGUUCCUCCUCUCCGGGUGGCUGUGGAUCACCUUCUUGUAUGUCGGCAUUAACCUGAGGGGCUGGAUGAAGAAGAAGUCUGAAAUCAGAGCAGAUGCUGAAGACCGAGCCCGGGCAGUUAUCAGAGAGGAUUACCAAAAGCUGGGGCCAAUCAAGUUUGCCGAACAGGCGGUCUUCUUCUUCUUCUGCUUGUUCGCCAUCUUGCUCUUCUCCAGGGACCCAAAGUUCAUUCCCGGCUGGGCCAGCCUAUUCACCCCCGGCUUUCUCUCAGAUGCUGUCACUGGAGUUACCAUUGUAACAAUGCUGUUCUUCUUCCCAUCGCAAAAGCCAUCUUUUAAGUGGUGGUUUGACUUGAAAGCUCCCAACACGGAGAUGGAGCCCCUGCUGACCUGGAAAAAGGCUCAGGAAUCCGUGCCCUGGAACAUAAUUCUGCUGCUGGGAGGAGGGUUCGCCAUGGCCAAAGGCUGUGAGGAAUCGGGACUGUCCCAGUGGAUCGGCGGGAGACUUCACCCUCUGGAGAACAUGCCGCCCGCAGUAGCCGUGCUGCUUAUCACCGUGGUCAUCGCCCUCUUCACCGAGUUUGCCAGCAACACGGCCACCAUCAUCAUCUUCCUCCCUGUCCUGGCUGAACUGGCCAUUAGACUGAGAGUCAAUCCCUUGUAUCUAAUGAUCCCAGGCACCAUCGGUUGUUCCUAUGCUUUCAUGCUCCCUGUUUCAACGCCUCCCAACUCCAUCGCCUUUGCAUCUGGACACUUACUGGUCAAAGACAUGGUGCGGACUGGCCUACUCAUGAACCUGAUGGGUGUUCUGCUCCUGAGCUUGGCCAUGAAUACCUGGGCCCAGAGCAUCUUCCAACUGGGGACUUUCCCCAACUGGGCGGACAUCCACGCCGACAACAUCACGGGCCUCCUGUCCCAGGUGUCCAACGGGACGCUCGGACCCCUCCUCAAAGUCUGAGCCCCAGCCCAAGGGGUUCCCUUGGCCUUCCCUCCCCACGGGGAUUGAACCCCCCAAUCCUGGGCGAGCCCCCAACCCCGUCCCCCAGCUCCCAGCUGACGUCAGACAGAGCAAUCGAGUUAUAGCUUCUCUUUUAUGAAAGUGGCGAAUGAGACGGCAGAGGCUCUUUCAAGGCCUCUGGUUUUAGUUCCUAGAAAAUGCCCCCUAGGACUCAGCCUCCCCCGGGUCCUGGAGGAGGACUGGGUUCUUCAAGAGGCAGAACCCUAACCCUCUGCCACCGCCCCCAGAUAUAUCUCCGGUUUGGAUCUCCACACACAUGUGUGUUCUGCCGAUCGACAUCUUCAGAGGCAGCGUGGUCUGGUGGAAAGAGCGUGGGACUGAGCGCUGGGAGAACCAGAGUCUAAUGUGUGACCUUGGGCCAGUCGCUUAACCUCUCUGGGCCUCAGUUCCCUAAUCUGGAUCAUGGGGAUAAGACACUUGCUGUUCCUCGUCCUUAGAUCAAAGAGGUCGCCGGGGGCCAGGAAUGGUGUCUAAACGGACUGUAUCUAGCCCAGAGCUUAGCACACAGUGAGCGGUUAGUAAGCACCUUAAUCAAGAACAGUAAUGUAGCUACUCAGGGGUGCCUGGAGUGGGGCAGAAGGGAUUUGGAAGGAGUCCAUGACCCUCUCUGGAGGUGUAAUUAAGUGUUUUGAGCCACAUCCCUCAGUGCCCAGUGGAAAUAAAGCCAACCAUCUUCUGGAAAAUUCCCUUGCCAAUGGUGGGGAGGGGUUACAACCCUUAGGGGUUGCUCUUUCCAAGCCCCCUAAAGGUUGAGAUUCUGGUUCAGAUUCUCACCGUCGUUUCACCUUUUCAGGAUACUCCAUUUCUGUAUGUUUGAAUACACCGAUUAGACCGUUCUAUAUUCUCCUCUCAGCAUGGUUUUAUUCUUCGAGUCUGUCCCGGGGUAAACUUUCCCCGGCUGAGUUGGACCGGAGACUAGAGGUUUUUCUUUCUGGCCAGGGCACUGGCCAGCCUGAAUCAAAAGAGAAAGGAUGGCACCCCUGAACUGGGUUCCUCUGAGGAACCAAGACCCUCCGGAGAGAUACGGUCUUGAAAAUUUUGAAAAGGAGCUGAUUAGCAGCUUUUUCUCCAGUUGAUUUUUGUACUUUUAGUGAAAGGGCUUGUUGUUGGCAAGGAUUCUCGUGCCCUCGUUCGUGCCCAGUUGUUUAUUGAUUUGCUUCUCUCUGCACUCCAUUUGGGACCCCAGUUGGUAAAGGAUGGGGUCUUGGUAGGAUUGGGGUCUUGGAAGACUCCAGAAUCAUGAAGGGCCCUUCUCCUGAAGGAGAGAGUCUGUACUGUUCCCCCUAGACUGUAAGCUCCUUCUGGGCAGGGAACACGUCUUCCAACUCUGUCCUAGUGUACUCUCCUAGUGCACCCAGUCAGCACUCGAUCAGUACAAUUGAUUGAUUGAUGACUGGAUGGGGCUAGUGACUGGAGAGAGAGCGUGACUUUGGCCAACUAAGUCUAGCCAGCUAUAUGUAGGAUGCUCCAAAAUGGCAGCUUAAUUAAACUUAGCCACUGCCACCACUAAAGGAAUCCUUUUUGAGAUGGUAUCAGUGUUUCAUGUGUGUGUGAGCACGUACAUCUGCAUUUAUCAGUUGUGCGUGUUUGGCUAGGCAGAGGGGAAGCCAUCCAAACCAGCUCACAGAGCAUGUACCCAAACUAAUCUUGAUACAAAAAAAAAAUGAUUAUGAAAGUGGUUCAAUAAAGUACAUUAAUUACCGAC